AUGCAUCAAGAAAAGAACUUCACGGAUGUGCUCAUCUCUUUACAUGAUAUUGAUUCCGAAAGUGAUAGUGUGAAUUUAUCUUGCUCUGAAUUAUUGAUCAGCAAAUUUCGGCAAACAAUAUCGGAAAGACUUAAACUAAACGAAAGUAUUUAUGAGCACAUGAAACAACUGAUAGAGUUGCAUGGUGUGAACAAAUGUAUUCCUUUCGUUCGUGAAAAUCCCUUUCCUGAUAAUGAUUGCACCCUAGCCUUUUUCAAAAUCCUUUCUUACUGUGGUUUAUUAUUGGAAUUUGCAUCCGAAAGAAUACGAAACGAUGAAACACUUGCAUUGAUUGCUGUACAGAAUGAUGUAGAUGCCUUGAUGGAUGUGAGCAUUAAUUUGAGAGAAAAUAGAGAUUUUGCUUUAAAAGUUGUGCAAUUAGAUAUUUCAAAUAGUUACAAAAAGAGUACGAUGAAAUAUUUGAACAAAUUCAAAGACGAUUAUGAAAUUGUGUUGAAGGCAGUUCGCCAAUGUGGUAUAUCACUUGCAAAUACAGCUAUAAGAUUGAGAUAUGACAAGCAAAUAAUUGAAGAAGCUGUCAAAAGUUGUGGAACAGCUCUAUCCUAUGUUCCAAAAGACUUUAUCGAUAGAAAUUUGGUAAUGAGUGCAAUAUCAUCAGAUGCAAAGGCUCUUCAAUACGCCCUAAAUUUUAAAAACGAUAAGGAAGUAGUAUUUGCUGCAUUUCAAGUGGGUAAAGAUUCUUUUCAUUUUGCUUCGGAUGAAUUGAAAUCAGAUCGAGAAUUUUGUAUGAAAUUGGUAAAGUUAAAUGGCCAUACGAUUAGAUUUUGUUCAGACGAGUUGAAAAAUGAUAAGGAGAUGGCUAUUAUUGCUGUGAAAUCAGACCCAUAUUCAUAUUAUUGCCUGCCUCCAAAUAUGAAGAAUGAUAGAGAAAUAUUGUUAAAAUGUGCCUCUAUUGCUCUUUUUGACCUACCCUAUGAUAUAAGUAGCGACAGAGAGUUUAUGAAUAGUUUACUAAUUUCAGGAAAGCAAUUAUUGAACUUUUUAGAAUAUUCGGCAUUGACAAGAGAUUUUGAAUUAGAACUCAUUGGAAGCAAUUGCAAUUAUCAAUAUGGUUUAUUUGGAAGAAUUAAAGAGGAAGAAGAACUAUUCACAAGAAUUGUUAACAUAGAUCCUUCUGCAUUCAUGUUUGCAACAAGUGAUAAUAUUAGGAACAAUAAGCAAAUUGUUAUGAAUGCACUUUUUUAUGAGGCAGAAAUUCUCGGUAAUAUAUCAGAGGAAUUGAAAAAUGACAGAGAAUUGUUUGAGCUAGCCAUUCGAUUACAUGAUAAUGUGCUUUAUUAUGCAUCAAUGAAUUUGAGAAAUGAUAAAGAUUUAGUAAUGAUGUCAAUCGAAUAUGAUGCCUUUUCCUUUCAAUACGCCUCUGAAGAAUUGAAAAACGACAGACAAGUUGCAGAGCUAGCAAUAACGAUCAAUGGCCUUAAUUUCCAAUUCGCUUCUGAAGAUUUGAGAAAUGACAAGGAAUUUUGCAAACUGGCGACUCGUAAUUCUUACCAUUGUUUAAAUGAAUAUUUAGGUGCUGACAUGAAAAGAGAAAGGAAUCUUAUUUUGGAAAAUGUAAAGAAGCAUACUUCUUUCAUUCCAGAUGAAUUCAAAGAUGAUAAGGAAAUAGUUUUUGAAUCAGUUUCAGUAUAUGGUGGAAAUAUUGAACAAGCAUCUUUUGAUUUAAGAAAUGAUGAUAGAGAGUUGAUACGAACGGCAGUAAGAAAUGGCUGUCCAUUAAGCUCCUUAGAUAACAGAAUUAUAGAUAGAGACCUAGUCUUCGAGUCAAUCCUUUAUGGUAGCGCCUUGUGCAUCGUGUCCGUUGUUGAGGAAUGGCCAGAAAUAGUAGAUGAGGAAAAAAUCAUUCAUUUUCAAAUUUUGAGAGGAUGUUGGGAUUGGUUCAAAUAUUUCAAUCCUCUAUUAAGAAAUGAUAAAGAUUUUGUAAGGAAAUAUGUAAAGAUUUGUGGCGACAUAUUGGAAUAUGUUUCAGAAGAUUUUAAAAAUGAUAGAGAAAUUGUUAAAGAAGCAGUUAGCAACAGUGCAAAUGCAUUUAAAUACGCGUCAGAUACACUGAAGAAUGACAGAGAAAUUGUGGAAGCAUUGAAGAAUGCAGAAGAAUCAGUAUAUUUCAUAUCAGGUCUUAAAGACAGAGAGUUAGUAUUGCAAGCUGCUGAAAAAGGAGUUAUUCUAAACACACUCGAAGAAUUUACGUAUGAUAGAGAAAUUGCCUUAAAAACAGUUUCCAAGGCUGGUUCAAAGUUACUUUACCUAUCCUACGAUCUAAGAAGUGAUAGGGAAAUUGUAUUAGAAGCUGUAAAGAAUGACCACUCAUCUCUUGAAUAUUCCAUGUAUGAUUCAAGAUAUGAUAAGGAUGUCAUCUUGAAAGCAGAUCUCCCUCUCAGCCAUGUGGUACCAGCUCUAAGAAAUGAUAGAGAGCUCGUACUAAAGUUGCUCGAAAAACCCCUAAAAAAGUACAAAUAUCAUUUCGAUAUUAUAGAUGAUACGAUUGAGCUAGAGUAUUAUUCUGGAUCACAAUUCGUGUAUCUCUCAGAUGAAUUGAAAGAAGAAUUCAAAUCGAAUAAGGAAAUUAUGUUGAAAGCCAUUAAAUUUGGGCCAACAGCAAUCAAUUAUGCCUCCAAGGAGCUUCAAAAUGAUGAAGAGUUUGUAUUGGAAGCUGCUCAAAUCAAUGGUAUGGUACUAAACCAUGUACUACCGAAAUUUAAACAUAAUCGAAAUGUUGUAAUGAAGGCAGUUCAACAAAAUGGUAUGUCCCUCUCUCAUGCAUGCAAUGAAUUACAAAACGACAUUGAAAUAGUUCAAAACGCUCUCAAAUCCCAUGUUUGUGCUUUUGAAUAUGCCGGUUAUAAAUUGAGAGGCGACAAGGAAUUUGUAUUGGAAAUGACUAGACAAAAUUAUCAUGCUUUUAAGUUUGCCAGUAGUGAUUUACAAGGUGAUGAAGACAUUAUUUCACAAGUUAUGGAAAUUAAUAUUGAGACACUGAAUUGUGCCUCCUAUUCAUUGCGGAAUAAUGUUGACUUCUUGAAGAGGAUGAACAAGGAUAAUAGACUUGUGGAGAGGGCUUCCUUCAAUCUACAAAGAUCCAUUAACAUGCAAGGAUUGUUGGAUAUUGAAGAAACAGACCCAAAGAAAUAUGAAAAGCUACUAGAUUUUUACAUUGACAGGUUAGUUGUGGCCACAGAGAACUCAAAUUGA